UGUCAUCCACGGCCUACUAAUCGACUUACUAACACCAACUUUCUUUGUCAGAGUUUGGAUCAUCCUUCGUCGUGUGCGAGCCCUAGAAGGCCCUGUCCACGGUACACUGUGCAGACAAUGUGCAGACUCUAUCAACUUUCAAUUUAAAUCUUCUUCCACUGCUCAUGUCAUCCACCGCUCGUUCAAGAAUCAACUUACCGUUCGACUCUGGCCAGGAACAAGCGAUCUGGGUCGCUGCAGAGUUUUCUAUUCUAGCAGCCACGUAUACAAUGGCGUCCCGAAUAAUAUGAAAUCUCUAUCAGAGUUUUAGCAUGAGGCAGGGACCUCUCCCAAGAUGCCGUCCACGAACUAGAACGCUACAACAGCAUAUCGAGGUUGUCCAAGGACUCGGUCAUCUAUAUAUGGCCCCUCGAAGACUUACGGAAGCUGUCGCUCUGUCCCCAUGGAAUACGCGUUGUUGGACCUAUCGGGAGCAACACCCUCCCGGCGAAGGAUGUACUUCACUCAUUUUGGCCUUCUUGGGCAUAGUUUGCGUGGCGUAACGCUGUUAUCUACAUGUCGGCGUGUGUGUAUGCGGGGACUCGAAUCAGUAGUGGCAAACCGUCGGUGCGAGAAUCGCUCAUUGAACGUGGACCACAGCGGCGAUAUAGUGCGUUCACCGUGCCCCUGGGGUCGUUUCGAAGCCCACGGAGGAAGCAAACUCGGCAUGUUUUUCUCAGCAAGGGACUCAACGGAGCUGACCCACCCGACCGCUAGAACCGGGCACGCUCAUCUUCGCAUGACUUCUAGCUACUUUGGUAUUGCGCGACGAGAUGCUGAAGAAAACCAGGAAUCAAGUGCGACUGUCCACCUGAUGUCUUUAAUAUUCUCUCUACCACAUCUUCCCCUCGCACUUGGGUUAGCAUUGCUAUCCUGCCAUUGGAUCCUGCCCUGCCGAAUUCCCUUGGGUUCAUCGCUGUUUCCCGUACUAAUGAUUUGCGCGGCAUGCACGACGAGGAGAUUCUCGUGGUUUGCGAUGAUAUUUGCUACAUGUCAUGACAGUCAGUCAGAAUGAGGGCUUGAUGGAACGUAUUGGGUUGGGCGUCAUUCAUGAAGCUGCCUGGGUUGCUUUAAGUGUGGACAAGGCACUGUUUCUUCGAUAGUGGCUGGUAAUGAUAG